GAAGAAAAAAAGCGUUGAUGUGAUUCAAAAACAGAAAGGCGGGCAUUGCAAAAAGAAGAUGAAGAUCUUAUUUAGUUUUUAGAACAAGGUUCCCAAGAUGAGUCAUAACCGGUCACACUUUGGGUGCUCCACUGUAAACACUGACCAAUCAUCACAGCAGCUCAUUAUCAAAAAUGCAUUUGACCGACUAUAUGAGCGAAGCCCGCUCCCUGAACUUCUACAAAGUCACCUUGGAAACAGUCCGAAGAAAAGGUUUUCUGGAACAGGCAAUGCAGCGCCAUCAGAAAGAUUCAAUCAAAUAUAUGCAUCGCUGAGGAAAACAAGAAAGCCUGAUACAUCACUGUCUAAUUCAGACCAUAGUGCUAGCUUUUCCCACAACAACAGUUUCUCAAAUGACCUUGACCAUGGUACUCCACACUUGAACAGAAGUACAGAUUCUGUAUUCAAGAGUCCAGUUCAACGCUGGGUUGACAGAGACACAAGUUUUAGUAUAAGUGCUUCAAGGCUUUCUAAUAAAAAUAGAAGUAACAGUUACAUUGGUGAAUUUUCAAGGAGAUUUGACCUUGAGAAGGAUGAGAAUGUAAGACACAAUAUAGAAAUGUAUGGCGAGAAAAGAGACAAGUCUAUUAGAGAAUUUCCCAAUAGAGUAAACUCACAAGUCGCCUUUAUGGACGGUAACUCCAAAGAAGAAGAUUUUGUGUACGACAGUGAAAAUAGUGAAAACAUUGAAGAGGGCUCAGACUUUAGGCAAAGACAUCACAAUCAUUCAGGAAGGGACAGUGGAACUAACAAAACAAUGUCUGGAGGUUAUAGCAGAAGUUAUGACCAAGAGGACAGACGAAAUUCUGACCGACUGGAAUGGAAUUAUCAUAGGGAAGAUGAGAGUACAGGUGUCCAAACAUUUGAGAGACUCUCUGGUAAUCAAGAAAUUCUCCAACUGGCUUCCCCUGUCAUACCUAUACAAGGGCGUGGACGCCAGCCUCCCCAAACCCAGAGGUCUGUCACGCCUGUCUCCAGAGAUCAGGCACACUCUGGUUACGAAGUCUUAACAUCAAAAGCAGAAACCAAAAGAAAAGAAAACAGUGGUACUGAAGACAGCGGUGGGUCAGAUAUAGAGAGAGAAUAUGUGCCAACCGGGUGUGAAAGAGCAGAGUCUGAUGGAAGUGUUAGUGACAUUGACCUUAUACCGAGCCAAGAGGAUGAAAUUUCUCUCAGGUUGACUGACCACAACAGUGUCAGAGAGGGUCUAGGCUCUGCUGGAGAUAAUGGCCUCCAGUCUCUCUCUCACAAAGAAAACAAAGGUACAGAGACAGAUACAGAAGAGGAAGAUCCUCCGGCAAAUCCUCGAUCCACAGCCAUGGCUGGUGAGGACACAGCAGAGGAAAAUGGCAAUGAUGAGAAAGGGUCAGACACUAGAGAGGACAGUGAGGAGGAGACAACUCCUGCUGCAGAAGACAAAACAGAAGAUGGACAAGAUACCUCAGAAAAAGGCAGUGCAGCUGGUACAGUGGUCAACAAAGAGGAGCGGGCUCUGUAUGAGUGGAUUAUCAAGCCUGUGAAGACAGCUAAAGGAGUUUGUGUGGAGGGAAAACAGAGUGAAUUAGCCAAUGAGGAAUUUUGGAAAAGUUCUGUCAUCAAAGAAAGAAUAAGUAACACCAAAAUACAAACAGCAUCUGGCACUGUGUAUAAGCUGUUCGGCAGUAUAGACAAGGUUUACGCCUUAGACGAGGGUUUCUCGAAAAAGCUUGUGCGUGCAUUCAAAUUUGGUUUUCCUAAAAACUGGAAGCAAUUGAUAGCAGACCACUUUGAUGAGACUGAAUUACAUAACGAUUCUGAACAAGAUUGUAAACAGGAAAAAUCUGUACACAAGAAGCCAGAUUUGAAACAUAAAUCAAAGACAGUGAAGCAGAGGGAGACUAAUGAGAAGUUAAGGACACCAAUUAAUCCAAGAAGGACGAAAAAUGCGGAAAAUUCCAACACACUUGUAUGUACACCAGAAGGUCAGUUUGUGGAUUUGACCAACCUUACUAAGACGAGGAGUGGCCGUAUGGUCAAGCCACCGUUAUUUUGGUGGAUGGGCCAGCAAAUAAUGACAGACAGCAACAAAGUAGAAUUGUCCCAGGUCACAUCCCAUGCCAAAAACCACAUAGAGGGUAUAGCCCAUAUCUAUAGUGGUAGUACGAGAAAGGGGAAACAGACCUCUAGCCUAAAUAGGUCCUACGACACCAAGAAAAUCAGAUUAAACAAGUCUAUGAAUAAGACUGUGGGGAACGUUCUUGAAAUAGAGAAAUCAUAUGGGAAGGUUCCAACCACUAAAGUUAACAGGUCAAGAAAAAACAAGUCUUUCACCAGUACUUCAGAGGUGGAAGGUUCUAGACAAAAUAAAAAAAUGGACAGGAGAAAAGAGGGAAAGAAGGACACUGACAAUUCAGUAGGUGGGACAGAUGUGGACAACAGUUCCAAGUGUUCUGAUAGUGAAAACAUGGAUCCGGUAAAAAAUAUUGAAAAGACACUGCAGAAUUCUAAAAGAAAUCGUCUGAAGCAAAAAUCUCAAAAGGACAAGUGCUAUGAUGACAGUGAUUCAACGUCAAAGAGAGAGGAAUCUCAAGGCAGCGAUGUUUAUACCAUCAGUAGUGACGACGGAGAGACCAGAAAACCCCGAGUCAAACGUGGCUCGUCCAAACAUCAAACAAAAAAUACAAGAAAGACAGUAAGCUUGAAAGAUUUUUCAACUGGGAAACAGAGUCGAUCAAAAUCGAGUAGUGAUGAAAAGGAAAAAAACCCAAACCAUAACAGUGUCCAGUGUAAUAAAGAAAGACAGACAGAAAAAAUGCAAGAGGUCAGUCAGGAUAGUGAAGAAACAAAUUUCCGAGUAACCAGAUCAAGGGUUUCAGCAGGAGCUCCAAAUUAUUGCACUUCAAUGCGUUCUCUUUCACAUAAGAAAAACUCAAAGGUCACACGUUCCAGGUCACGAUCACAAGAUGCAGAUCAUAAAAGAUCAAGGUCACAAACAAAGCAAAGCGAGCCGUCUCGUAAGUCAUCAAAGGCAGAGCAGAAAGUCUGUAACCACUCUGAUGGUGAGAGUGAUAUUGACAAACGUACAAUACCUUUAAGGAAACCUAGGCUGACCAAAAGGAGAAACCCUACGACUGUUUUGGACUAUUCAUCUUCAGAGGAAUAUGUUCCACAAAAUAAGAAAAAUAGGAUAAGGAAAAGGACCACUUCAAACUUCAACAAGUCUCGCGGUACAACAGAAGAUUCAGACAGUGAUGAUUUCAGUCAAAGGACUGGAACUGUAGUUAAAAACAGAACAAUGUCUCGCCUUCAGGACAGAAAGGAGAAAAAUGGUAAUGAAGCCGGCAAUGUCUGGUCAUCCUUAGAGGUCAAACGCCUGCAGCAGGCUGUAACCAGUAUACGAGCAGAUCAUCCAGACUUCUGGGACUUGGUGCAACAGAAAGUGAUUACAAAGACAUUAGAGCAAUGCCAGGAACACCACUGGAAGGACAGUAUGGCAAGAAACCAGAAAACAAGUAGGAGGGAUAAAUCAGUAAAUAAUGGAGUCUGUGACAAGGUGGUGUUAACGGCAAAGCAGGGCACGAUGAAACGGAGGCAGCAGCUGAGGAGUCUAAUGGAGCAGCACAAUGAAGGGCAUGAGGAUGACUUGUGUGACGGCACACCAUUCAGGAACCGCAUCAAGAGCAAGGUGCCACGCAUGGGAGAAGGUAGUGAGGAUGAAAAUGAGGAGGAACUCUUUAAUGAAGUGAAGAGGCAGAACCCUAACAUUGCCAAUCGGUUCCAUACCCCAGUACCACAUUUCCACAUUGAACCAGUGUCCCAGAAGAAAACGCCGUUCAACCCACUCAUUAGCCCAAACGAGCCUGUGAACAGGAAUGAAAUGGAUAGAUACAUACACAGAGUUAUGAAGAGGAGGCGGUUGGGUGCAAACAAACAGAAAAACAAGGAUGCACUUAAAACGCCAGUACACAAACCUACAUCUAGAUAUGACAAAGAUGAUGUUCCCACCCCUACAAAGAAGCUGUUUGACGUCACUCCAGGGAAUGUAGACAGUUUGCUGAUGGCCGACGAAAAGUCGGACUCUGAUAACCACGCCAACUCAGAUGAAAAUAGCGACUACUACUGGACAGACAUGGACCAGUGACCAAGCACUAAUUUCAGAGAGCGAAUGCACCAUGAGCGAACAUAAAUGUAUUUGAACAACGAAUGAGUACUUUAUGUGAUGUUAGAUAAAGCUAUGUGUGUGGUACUGUGCUUUUCAAACACACCUACAAGUGUGCUUUAUAUGCAUGUUACCGUUAUAAUAAUUACUAUUUAAAUGAUUUUCCCAGAUAAAUAUUCAAUUUUGCUUGCUGAUAUCUAAAAUGUUUAAUGAUAGUGGCAGACAAAAAUGAGAAGAAUGAAAUAUUAGUGUAACAUUACAAUAAUUAAAUUUCGUGCCAUAUUCUUGUUUCAUAUUCAGUAGAUAAAACCUGAUAAGUUUCAGCCAUAAAGUAGUUUGGUCAGAUAUUGUUAUGCGACCAUAUUCCGUGUAACAAGGUUCUGUAUUGUAUCAGUUCAAAUAUAUACCAGUAAAAGCUGGAUAUUGAUUGGCCAGUGAUCGACCAGAACAUGUCAAAUUAAUGUGUACCACCACCGACGGGGACAGUCAAAAUCUGUGUAGUCUUACCAUCACCCAUGUACUACUGACUCAUCAAUUCUGGUGUACUUAAAUAAUAUCAUACUUGCACUGUAGUUGACAUUGUGAUGUUGUGAACAACAUAGCAAGAGAGUUGUACUUAAUAUUUGGUAUGUUAUACUUGGGUGUAAGCUAGAAAUUCCAUAUUUUUUAUAGAUCCUGGUGUAAAUAUUGCUGUUUAGAUUAACAUCACCCAAUGUGUACAGUUACAAUGUACAGGAAACAGGGUUUACAGCUUUGGAUAUUGCAAUUUUUUCCACUUUAGGUUCAAAAGAAAACAAUGGUAUGUUAAGAGAAUUGUUAAAACCUCAUACUAGGCUUCUUGUAUAUAUUGUACACAGUCACUUCAGUAGAAAGGUGAUUGUAUGUUUAGAGUCUACUUUAGUUUAUUACUGCUGAAGUGUGACCUCGUACGCAGUCACUACAGUAGAAUGGUGAUUGUAUGUUUAGAGUCUACAUGAGUUAAUUACUGCUGAAGUGUGACCUCGUACACAGUGGCUAUAGUAGAAUGGUGAUUGUAUGUUUAGAGUCUACUUUAGUUUAUUACUGCUGAAGAGUGACCUCGUUCAGUCGUUACAGUAGAAAGGUGAUUGUUGAACACACUGCAAACUUAGACUGGUGCCAACUCCUUAUCAAAAACCCUGGUAAGGAUUUUUCACUGACAUUAUAGUGUAUAUAAUUAUGCCAAUAAUAAGUCUUACAAACAGUACUGUAGGCUUAUGUACAGGUAGGAGAGAGGUUACAUAGCUCUAGCUCUCAUUUCAGUUAUGUUUUAAUAGCUAUUUUAGACAAAAGUUUUUAAAAUUGUGUGAAAAGUGCCGUUACUGGUAGGAUGCUUAUAGAUUUUAGAGAGCACACAAUUGCUGUUAAAAUCUGCUCUGGACAUUUCCAUUCUGUACAGUAUACAUCAUGUCAUUUUCUACCUCUGAUAAGCUUGUAUAUUUUUUCAGUGUUGAAGAGAUAUGUACUGUUGGGGUGAGCAAACAAUUUGAUUUUGAGCAAGAUAGGAAUCCAUGAUGACCUGCAUUUCUAGUUUAUUGUUCCUGUGGCCCGACACCAAAAAGAUUUUUAAAAUUAUUUUUUUUGCCAAAAUUUAGUCGAGGGGUGUAUUUGUAAAGAUUUAGAUGAGACAUGUACAAUCCAAGACUUCAUUUCUGAGGUGUGUAUUUUUAAGAUACCUGCAAAGCAGCUUGUCUUAUUAUUAAUAUUUGUAAAUACUGUAUUGUGUCCUGAUUCGUUAUAGUGGGUCCCCUUCCUUGAGACAUUAAGUAAAUGGUAGUCAUUAAGGGGUAGAGUUGGAUAUUGUAUAAUGCCUUGCUUUCUCUACCUCUUGACCUCUGCUGUGUUUUUCUGUUUGUACAUAUGUAAUAUAAUGCUGUAGUCCUAAUAACUAUACCAGAAGGUGCAGAUUUUAAACACCUUAUACUUUCUAUUUUAAUGUAGAAUUUUGUCAUCUAAUUUUUGUUGUUGUUGUUGUAAAUUUUAUUCCAGUGCAUUUUUAUAACAUUGGUAUAAUUCACAUUGCAAGUAUUGAUUGAAGAAACAGGAAAUAUUUAGAUGGGAAUCUUUCUAUUUUUGCAAACUAAUGGUGAUGUGAAAAUAUUGGUGUCAGCAAUGCUGUUGCAAUAUGUCAUAUUUCCAAGUAUGGCAGUAUGUUCAUGCCUACCUUUUAUAUACAGAUGUAUAUUUUUUUGCAUUAAAUUUGUAAAAACAGGAUUAGA